AAACUGAGAAGAUAACAAUAUUAUUUUCAGGAAGAGUAGAACUGAAAGAGACGUUUCGUUUGGAGUUUCAAGACAAGAGAGAUUUGAGACCUGAGUAUAUCGAUAUGCUCCUAUAGAGCUUCUAAAAUGCUGUCUUCAACCAUACCUAUUGUUCCUUCGGCGGCCGUUCCUAGUGUUGGAAGUAUCUCAUCUACAGCAUCCUGGCUGCAUGGCAAUGUAGUACAGCGAUGUAAGCGUUUGUCCUCAACACUCGCGCAAGCUCCAGGGCAGCGUGGUUCUGCUUCCAAGGCGGAUGAACCGAAAUGUUCAAUAACGAUGACUGCUGAAUCUCGGAGCCGAGAAGUAGGAGAUUUCGCCAGACCUCAACGGCCAUGUAGAUCAAUGUUCCUACCAACAGCACGAUCCGCACGUACUUUCUUUGAGAAUAAGCAUGGCUUUUCGGCGACGGAAGCUGGAAUUCGCCGAUUUCACACGGAUGUACACCCGGUCCUGAAGAAUCGAGCUGGCAUGUCAUUUGCUCGUCCACUUAGCACCAUCAUGCAAAAUAGGCGGCUGGCUGCACUCGAAGAGGAAGCAGAUAGUAAUCCACGUGUUGCCAAGAUGCAGGCAGAUUACAUGCAUGAGCUUGUGAAGACCGAACCCCAGUGGGUUGUGGAGAGAUUUGAGAGCGGCCAGUAUGCAGUGAACAGUGAAUGUGCGCGCUACUAUCUAGAGGCGUUACAGAAGACCGGGAAGAUAGCGUCAAGUGUGCUUGAAACAGAGCCCAAGACGAAGCGAGGGUUUUUCCGCUUUCGGAACGCUGCUGCUGAAACAAAGGAGAAGGAGAAAGUUCAGCUUCAUCUCUCCGGUAGAAGUGUUAUGCUGUUCUUUGUACUGUGGGCGUUUGCAUUAACUCUGCAACUCUACUUCUUGUUGGUGGUGGCUAACCGGUACUCGUCGAAUGCUCCUAAGAGCAUUAUGCCUGAGGACAAUAAGAAGUCAGUCACCUUCCAGGAUGUGGCUGGGGUGGAGGAAGCUAAGGAUGAGCUGAAGCAGGUCAUCGACUUUCUCAGAAACCCGGAUAAAUACCAGGAACUAGGCGCCAAGAUUCCUAAAGGUGUGCUGCUGGUUGGGCCACCAGGUAACGGCAAGACCCUGCUUGCACGCGCCGUGGCCGGUGAGGCAAACGUACCUUUCUUCUACUCUUCAGCGGCAGAGUUUGAGGAGAUGUUUGUCGGUGUUGGAGCCUCCAGAGUCCGCAAGCUUUUCUCUGAAGCUCGGGACCACAGUCCAUGUAUCAUCUUCAUUGACGAGCUUGACGCUGUUGGUGGUCAGCGGUCACAUAGUCCCAAUCAUCCAUAUGCAAGGCAGACGUUAAAUCAGUUGCUUGUUGAGCUGGACGGCUUUCAGGAACGCAGCGGUAUCAUUGUCAUUGCCGCAACCAACACACCACAAGUGCUUGACAAGGCCUUGACCAGACCGGGCCGCUUUGACACUCUCGUCAACGUGGGCUUGCCUGACGUCCGGGGGCGCGUUGCCAUGCUGGAGCUGCAUACCAAGGGCUUGAAUCUCUCCAGCGAUGUAAACCUGACCACUGUUGCACGAGGAACGCCUCAGUUCACAGGUGCCGAGCUGAAGAACGUUGUUAACCAGGCUGCCAUCAAGGCGGCAAUGGACAGCUCCAAGAUUAUUCGGCAAGUUCAUUUCGACUUUGCCCGUGACAAAGUCUUGAUGGGCUCCGAGACACGGAGUCGCAAGCAGUCACAAACUGAUCUCCGAUGCACGGCCUAUCAUGAAGCCGGCCAUGCGCUGGUUGGUCUUCUCUCCCCGGACUGUGACCCGGUCUACAAAGCAACCAUUGUACCACGUGGAAAUAUUCUCGGAAUGGUACAAAACCUUCCAGAUGAAGAGCGGGGCAUGAAUCAAACCAAGGACCAGAUGAAGGCGAAGAUGGCAAUGUGCAUGGGAGGCCUUGUGGGCGAGGAGAUUGCUUUCGGGCCGAACGGCACCACAGGGGGCGCUGGCAGUGACCUCAACACUGCAACUCGUAUGGCCUAUGCCAUGAUUACACAGAUGGGCAUGAGCGAUAAGGUUGGUCGUCGGGUGGUGAAUACCGGAGAAAAGGGUGUUAGCCAAGCAUUACUGGAGACCGUUGAUGAUGAAGUGAAGGCGGCUGUUGAUGAGGCUUACCAGCAUGCCAAGACGGUCAUUUCACAAAACCAGGCCAAGCACAAAGCUCUGGCCGAGGCCUUGCUCAAGUACGAAACACUGACCAGCGAUGAGAUGCGGGACAUCAUCGCUGGCAAGAAACUCAACAGGACUAUUUGAAAAUGAUACUGAACUUGUCCAUCGUGCCAGCUUCAGCUUGUCACACUUGUACAUAUUCAUGCUCUUCCGAUUCACAGAAACUAAACUUCACCCAAAAAUAGAACCUAGCACUCGUUAUCACAGGCUUAUGAUAUGCUUUCCUUGCUGGCUUUUCUCUUCUUCUUUUCGAAUUUUCCCUCGUCGGCUGGUCCAAUCUGAAUAUAAUUUUGUUUGCAUGCAAUUUUCCCCUGCAUUUCCUAGACGCAUGCACUGACAUUCUUUAGUCAUGCUCUCUGCCAUCUUCAUGCGAUGUUACUGACAUCACACCAAACACACAUGCACAAACAGCAGAUUGUUUGAGUCUAUAGCUUGUUGACAUUCUUGAUUUGUUGGUCUGCUCCAGGUUUUUUUUUAGCUUGCUGUACGUAUCACAACUUCUUCGCAAGACACAUGAUUGAGCGACAGAAAUGCAAACAUCCGAAGCAAAUUAUUAUAAAUUUUCAUAAUAAUGAUAAUAAUUAAGUGUGUACAUGU